CGCUUGUUUGUAAACUUCCUGUAGGCGGAGUUGUCAACGCGACAGCUCGAUGUCAAACGGUUAGAAAACCUUGUUCUCGGAGUCAGCACCGGUGAAAGGGGCUCCGUCGCCGGCUCAAUCCGCCGAGGAGCCGUCGAAUGUCGGUGUGUUAGCGGACCAAAGCCGCCGCGUGUUCCCGUUUGCAAGCGAGCAGCUCACGCGGCUAGCGCGCGAGCUAAUCCCGGAGCCAGGAUGAUGGCGUCCAGCUACAACGCCAAAGACGAGGACGGACACAUCACGAUGUCCGGGCCCGGAGCCUCGCUCCGAAACAAGAAGCCCGAGAACACCGCCUUCAAGCAGCAGAGACUGCCGGCCUGGCAGCCCAUCCUGACGGCGGGCACCGUCCUCCCGGCCUUCUUCAUCAUCGGCCUCGUCUUCAUCCCCGUCGGCAUCGGCCUGUACGUGACGUCCAACAACAUCAGGGAGUACGAGGCGCAGGCUGCGGAUGAAACGCCUCAGAAUACGGGAUGAUGCCGCGUCCCUGGC